UUUAUUUACCCCUGUUUUGGAGUACCCAUCCUUUUUUUCAUGGACAUUGAUAUACAGUGAGUCAUGUGCUUUGUAUUUGACUUUGUCUUUUUAUUUUACAAGUCCAGAAGAGCUGAGAAUUACAUGGCAUGGCUUUAAUUACCUUGCGAAGGAACUUCUGCCAUUUGUCUGAUUUUCGGAUACAUGGAGCUCUGGCCGCUCUGAGAAAUCAUCCUAUAAAUCAUGUUCACAAGGUAUCUAAAGAGCAACUGCAUCCUUGGUUCUGUUCAGUACAGUAUGAGCCUUUCAGGAUCCAUUUUCAUCAUGCCUGCUAUAAAAAGUUCCACUUACAAAAUGGAAAUGAACUUCAUCCAGUUGGUGAGCCAGCAUUCUCUCAGGUACAUGACUGGAACAAGUUUGAACAAAAUCUUAAAAAUGAGGAUGAAGAGAUAUUUUACAGGAGACUAAACGAAUUCACUUCAUCAGAAGAGGUGUUGAGUUUUAUAAAAACACUGGAAACUCUGCCUGAUGCUAUGGCUGCAGGAGCCUUACAACGGAUCUGUGAAGUACAGAAAAAAGGUGGUGAUCAAAGGCUGCCCAAAGAAAUACUAGAGAGCAGUGUCUUUCAAGCUUUAUGUUUUCAACUUGAACGGGAGCCCUCACAGCUGUCAAACUCUGGUUUGGURACUGCUUUGCAAGCUCUGAUUUGGUUGCAUGUGGAUACUCAAAGUAGCUUAGUACUGAAUCUCAUGGCAGAAUGCCAGAAUCGUCUCAAAAGAGGUGGCCUGGAAGUGCAUGAUCUUUGUGUUCUUGGGGAGAGUCUGAUUAGACUGCAAGGCCCAGGUUGUGUGACACUAGAACUAAUUAUCUAUCAACUGCAAGGUGCAAAAUUGGAAGUAUUUACCCCGGAGGAUAUUGUGGCCCUUUAUAGAAUACUGCAGGCAUGUGCUGAAAAAGUAGACCAACACCAGACAUUUUUAAAUACGAUAAACAACUUUUCCCUUUCAAUAGUUUCCUACCUGAGUCCUAAAUCCAUUAGCCAAAUGCUUACUGCUCUGGUGGUUCUAGAUCAAGCUCAGGCACUUCCUCUGGUUAUAAAAUUGGGUAAAUAUGUUGUGAGGCACAUUCCCCAUUUCACUAAUGAAGAGCUCAGGAAAGUCAUAGAGGCUUUCAUAUAUUUUGGACACAAUGACAAGUUUUUUAUCAAAGCCCUAGAGCGGCAUGUAGCUGCAUUCUGCCUCACCUUGAAUGCUGAUGUUGUCAGCAAAAUCAUGGAGUACUGCAGCAGAAAGCUGAUUCUUUCGGAACCCAUCCUCAAUGCAGUGGCAGAAACUUUUGUUAGCCAAUCAGAAAAAUUAUCACCUAGUCAGAUUUCUGAGUUAAUUGAGCCAUUUGGAAAACUAAAUUAUUUGCCACCAAAUGCACCUGCUUUAUUUAGGAAGCUAGAACAUGUGCURUUCACCCAUUUCAAUUGUUUUCCACCCAAAACAUUAUUGAGACUUCUCCAUUCAUGUUCGCUGAUUGCGCACCCUCCAGUCAACUUCAUGGGAAAAAUAUUCAGCCCUUUUUUUCUUCAAAAGCUUCAAGGUGAAGAGUCACAUUUGGACAGAUUGAGUAUGGCACAACUGACCCAACUGUUCCUAACCUCAGUCCUAGAGUGCCCUUUCUAUAAGGGUCCCAAACUAUUUCGUCAAUACCAAGUGAAAUCAUUUCUUACUCCAUGCUGUUCCCUGGAGACCCCUAUGGAUUUUCAUCUUUAUAAAUCUGUGAUGAUUGGACUGAUUGACCUUUUAGGAGCAAGAUCAUAUUUUGCUUCAAAAGUAUUAACACCCUAUUGUUAUACGAUAGAUGUUGAAAUUAAGUUAGAUGAAGAAGGAUUUGUAUUGCCGUUCACAGUUGAUGAAGACAUCCAUAAAAGAGUAGCACUGUGCAUUGAUGGUCCAAAAAGAUUUUGCUCUAAUAGCAAACACUUACUAGGAAGAGAAGCUAUCAAACAAAGACAUCUACGAUUACUGGGUUACCAAGUUGUUCAGGUCCCCUAUCAUGAGAUUGAGGUGCUCAAGUCCAGACAAGAAUUGGUGGAGUAUCUACAAAGCAAGCUCUUUCCUCAAAACUCCACUGUUCAUUGGUAACAAGGAAGAACAAUGGCUUUAAGACUCAGAUAGUGAAAGGACUUAUUUUUAAGAGACAUAGUUUAAGAGGAUAAUUUGUGAAUUAACCAUUUUGCAGAAUUAUGUUUAUAGACUGGUGCUCCGAGAAGGCUCAGAGGUUUUCCUGAUACCAUGUAUAAUUUUAUGGGUGGUAAACUUAAGAUUAAUUUAUUACUAGUGUCAUAGGAAUUUUUAUACCUCAAACAGAAUUGA